AUGAGGUAUAUAAAUUAUUUACUCACAUGUCAUAUUAAAUGACAAGACGGGAAGAAUUAAUAUGAGUCUUAUGAGUGGGAAUUGUACAGUUUUGUCACACGGUUCGUUAACUCAUCCACCGUCGACACAUACUAUAUACAUUAUAAUAAUAAAUUGUCCUUGAAAUUUAACAAACUAACACUUGAUCGAGACGAGUCGUCGGAUUUUAAAAACAAAGCUCAUUCAUGAAUUAUUUUGACGACCGAGAGUCGGUCUUCUGUUACCUACAAUUUUGCUUUAUAAUUUAUUUUUUGUGUUCAUAGGUUGGCGACAGAGAAAGAAGUCGCUGCGGCCGCGGGACGUGACUGCAUCGGGUCGGCGGGUGCAUCCGCCGGCAUGGGGAGACCACGAUCCCAUCACCAUCAUCACCACCAUCACCACCAGCAGGUGGACGCGCCCCCUGGGCCGUCGUCCCUGUUCCUGUUCAGCACCGACAAUCCUGUCCGUCGAUAUACCAGGUUCAUCAUUGAAUGGCCAUAUCCUUUUGAAAGUCUACAUUCAAGUUUGAUAAAAUAAAGAGCUUAUAUCUAGAAUAGUAUUAUGAAAACAUUUUCUAGAUCCAAUUUUUCUAGGUGAAUUUUAGAAACUAAUCAUAAUAUUAAUUUUGGAAAAAUUAUCAACUUAGAGUUAAAAGUUUCUUAAUAUUUUUAAUAGCCGAGACAACGUUAGUACGUAUAUUAGUUAUGUAGUUAUUGGAAGAGUUGUAUACUUAUUUUAUUGUGAAAUUAAGGAAAAUAAUGUUUAAAUCAUCUUAACUGUAACAGACAGAAUUUAAAACAAAUAUUCUAAACUAAUAUAAUAUCCUCUGAUUUUUGUCUUCAUUGGUUGUGGCUUCGCAAGUUUUGUAUCUUUUUUAAUGCAGUUUUUCUACUUUAAGACUUUAAGACUUCGGUCUUCCCAGAAGAAUUUUUCCAACUGGAUUCUCCUCAAUCGCUCUUUUUAACAUCAAGCUGAAUUUCCAACAGGCACGUCAUCUGCAUACACCAAUCUUCUUUUACCUUUUUUUUCAAAAUCAAAAUUAUCAAUUUAUCUCAGUGCAUGCAAAAAAUAUCUAAUAUAAUUCUAUGAAUGUCAAUAACAGUAUAAUAUUUAUUCUGAACGGUCGGCAGAUCGAUAGAUUAAAUAUUUUGUUCACCGAAAAUAUAUUUUUCGUAAUAAGGUUUUCGAUUUUUCUGGAAAAUUAUUAUAAUAUAUAGUCUUUCUUCAGCGUCAUUUUCAUAACACGCGUUAUAUUAUCGAAGCGAUGCGCUGUUUCGAACGGUUUUAGCGGAAAAAAUUUGUGGGUUUCACUCCUGCCUGUAGUGUUUAUGAGCUCUUUUAAACACACAUCGAAUUCCAUUAAAGGUCAAUAAUAAUUUAACGACGUCAUAAUACUAUAUUAUAACAAUAUUAUAAAAUUCUCUUUCGUAAAUUCAUACUCCUCGUCGUCGACGGCAGUAUCUUUUCGUUUCUAAUUGUCAUUUUGCGUAUGCCAUUCCAUAAACUUUCGAGUAUGUGAUAAAAACCCAAAAUCCAUUUUUAAAAUUUUUUUUUUAGUUUAGUUAUUAACUUGUUUACACUCCACGUACAAUAAUAUUAGUAUUUUAGCCUUAAUUCAAUUAUCUUGCACUCCGUUCGAAUAUGCGGUGCUGUUAACCAUCAUAGCCAACUGCGUGGUGUUGGCUCUGGAGGAACAUCUGCCCAAGGGAGACAAGACUGUACUUGCUAAGACUUUGGUAAAACAUUCGAUUAUAAUAACACUAUUGUCGGUGACAUCCACUAACGUGAUUUUGACGAUUUCAGGAGGCAACUGAACUCAUUUUCCUAGCAAUUUUUUGCGUCGAAGCGACUCUCAAAAUAUUAGCUUUAGGUUUUUUACUGCACAGCGGCUCAUAUCUUCGUAAUAUAUGGAACAUUAUGGACUUUUUUGUAGUUGUAACAGGGUGAGUACACCGUUAUUUUAUUAAAGCUUUAAUAUCUUAAAUUUAUUUUUGAUGUACAUUGUACUAACAACAUAAUAUAUAACAUAUACUUAAAAAAUAGACACGAAAUCUAAGAAAAAAAAAAAAAUUUACUAUAUAUUUAAGUGUAGACCAAAACGUAUAUAUAAGAAAAACUAUUUUAAAUCGGCUAGGGAUGCGCAUUGGACUCAGGGGUUUACCGAUUUCUAGGUCAAUGACUGAAUUCAUGGAGUCCAACAUGCUGGACAUGAGGAUGUUGAGGUCCUUUCGGGUGCUCAGGCCUUUGAAACUGGUUUCGAGAAUCCCAAGUAAGGCACUCGAAAUGUCUCAGGACCACAGGAAAGCAUUUUUGAAACAAUUAAAAAUCCUCGAAUGUUCUAUUAUUUUUCAGUAAAACCAUUUGUUUAACCCGUUUUUGUAGGCGUAUAUUGCAUUUGGUUUAGACAUUUAUUCCGAAUAUCGGAUUAGACUUUAACCGUUGGUUUGCGAACUUUUAUAUAUAUAUAUAUUUUACAUAUAUAUAAAUAUAUACAUAAUAUAUUAUUCUUUUGGACUUUUUGCUGGAUGAUAGAAAUUCCCGAGUAGAACUAUAUAUAUAUAAUAAUAAUUAUUAUUAUACCGUUGAUAUAAUACAGUUGGUCGAUAUAUAUAUUUUGUAGUUGGAUUAUUAAUAUAAUAUAUAUAAUAUACUUAUAAUAUUAUUCGGCUUGAUUCGAACGAACUUAUAACAGUAUUCAUAAUAUAUAUAUAUAAUAUACAUCAUUUAGCUCCGAUAAGGCGUAUUAGAGAACUAGAUAGAAACAAAACGGGUCUUUAUAUAUAUAUAUAUUUUUUUUUUUAGAAAUCUGCACGACUAGAGCGAGUCGACGGUAAAAUAAUCUAUUAUAUCAUUAAUGUAUAUACAUAUAUAUAUAUAUAUAUAUAUAUAUAUACAUAUAUACACAUAUUUAAUCAACACUCGUAAAAAUAAUAUACAAUAUAUAUUAUAUAUUGACCGUAGAUUAUUAAUACUUUGAGUCGUAUAUUUUAUUAAUUUAUUUUUUUAUUUUUUUGAAUAUAUAUAUAUAAUAUAUUUACCUAUCGUAUUUUCUAUAUAUACCUAUAUUGUUAUACUAUUACCGCUAUAUGAGAACAUAUAUUACAUAAAUAAUAAUAUUAUUACAAUAAAAAAAUUAGGAAUAUUAUUUUAUUAUUCUUUUUUUUUUUUAUAUAUAUAUACAAUACCUAGUGGACGAUAACGUUUUUUUUUUUUUUUUGGCGAACCGUAGUCUUGUCUAUAUUAUAAUUUUUUAACUAAUAAUAAUAUAAUAGUGGCAGUUAUAUAUAUAUGUAUAAAUAUAUACGAGAUAUUAUGCAUCAUAGGCCGAAAAACCAUUGUAGGACGUUGCGUACCCAACACACACGGGGACUAAGAAAACGCGGGAGUGUAAUAAUUAUUGUAUCGUGUGUCGUUUUUGCUGUCGUUGUUGUUGUCGUUAUUUUGUUGUUGAAACCGCUGGCAUAAUACAAUAUAUAUACUCGAACUCGUAAUAAUAUAAUAUUAUCUAACCCCGGUCCUAUCUUAUCCCGUUUUGUUUUGUUUUGUUAUUUAUUUAUUUAUUUAUUUUUUUUUCCAAUAGUACUUACACACACACACACACACACAUACACACACACACACACACACACACAUACACACACACAUUAAUAUAAUAUAUAUUAUAUAUUUAUAAUAUAUAUAUAUAUAUAUAAGUAUACCGACAUUAAUUUUUGCUCUGAUUAUUUAAACGUAAUAUUUAUAUACAUAGGUAUUAUUAUGAUCUUGUAUUUUCGAUCCGUAGAUGAUUCCGUUUUGUUUUUAUUAUUAUUAUUAUUAUUACUAUCUAUAUAUUUAGUUUAAACACAUAUAAUAUAUUUAUAUAUAUAUAUAUAUAUAUAAAUAUGUAUACAAUGUGAUCCGUUUAUCGUGAACAAUUUUUUUUUCCCCGAUCAUUUUCGAGCCAUUUAAGCUUUAAUUGAACAUUAUGUUUUCAUUUUUCAUAUUCAAUUUUACACCAUCAAAUAUUAAUCCUCUUCCUAUUCUCAACACGGAUUAGCGUAGAGAAUAUUUUUCUAAUACAUUUCUAAUACGUAACACCGUGUUUUUUUUUUUUUUUUUUAGUUUACGAAUAAUAUCAGUAAAAAGUUUAAACUUGCGAAACAGGGAAGGCUUUCAUAAUCGUCAAAACUAUUUUUCGAUAUUUAAACCGAUAAUUUGUCUGUUGAACGAUUCCAUAACUAUUUAGAAAUACGAAAAACAGAAAUCAAAUUCGAUAAAGGCCCUCCGAGAAAUUCGCUGGUUCAUAAUAAAUGGAUCAUUCUGUAUAUAUAUAUAUAUAAUACAAUGUUAUUAUUAUUAUUAUUAUUAUAUGUGUUAUGUUAGAUACCUAUUCGAUUAUUUUUUAAUUUUAUUUUUUAUUAUUAUUCCGUAUUCGGGACCAUCGCGCACCACCCAUCAAAUUCUGAAAUAGAUAUAAUAUAAUUAUAUAUAUUAUUCAUAUAUAUUAUAUAUUAUAUACAUAUAUACAUAUAUAUAAAUAUGUAUAUAUAUAUAUAUAUAUAUAUAUAUUAUUACUCGUAUAUUAUUAUUAUUAUUAUUCAUAUUAUUGUUAUUAUUAUUGUUAUUAUUAUUAUUGAUAUUAUUGAUAUUAUUGAUAUUAUUAUUCGUUAUUCGGUAUUAUUGUUAUUAUUAUUAUUAUUAUUAUUACUAUUGGUAUUAUUAUUCGUUAUUCGUUAUUCGUUAUUCGUUAUUAUUACAUAUAUAGACACGUCCAGAUACAUAUUAUUAUUAUUGUUUAUUAUCUAAAUAUAUAUAUAAUAUAUAUUAUAUUAUAUAUAUGCGUAUAUUAUCUACAUACAUAAUUAUUAAAUAAUACUAGACGCAUAGAACUAGAUGAAUAGAACGGAUUGCGUGUUUAUUUUGGGGUAGGUAGCGCACCGAGUAGUGAUUAGAAGUGUUGUUGCCACAGAUGUAUAACACAAAUACCGUCAUCGGGAAACAUGGAUCUGCGAACGCUGCGAGCGAUCCGAGUGUUAAGGCCGCUCAAAUUGGUCUCCGGCAUUCCAAGUGAGUACACACGCCGCACGCGGGAUACGAGUGCGGGCUGGCCGGCGACGGCGGCAGCGGUGGAGGCGGCGGUGGGGGUGGGGGGUUCAGGACCGAAACCCCCCGCCCCGGUCCCCUCCCCCGAAAACCGGGACGAGGGUAACAGGGACGCUGAGUGAGAGAUAUGAUGAUGAUGAUGAUGAUGUGAUGACGGAGAAAAAAAAAUUAGAGUGGAAAUAAAAGCAAAACGCUCAAUGCCAAUUUACCGGUAAAAUAUGACCAAUACGUCGCGACAACAUGAUAACCCGACAUAUCUCAUGCGGAAUAUUCUGUUGUCGUUCGCGGAAAUUGGACAUACUAUAAUAUAGAACGGUCGCCUUCCUCAUUCGCCGUGUGUAAUCCUCCGGUUUUUUUUUUUUUUUUUUUUUUUUUUACCGCUCCGUAGGUUUGCAAGUCGUGCUGAAGUCCAUUAUCAAGGCCAUGGCACCGCUGCUCCAGAUCGGCUUGUUGGUGUUGUUCGCCAUCAUCAUAUUCGCCAUCAUCGGACUGGAGUUUUACUCUGGAGCGUUGCACAAAACGUGCUACAAGUGCGUACAUACCUAACCGUGUUACGAAUACUUCCGCGUGGGUUUCGAAGGUUGUAAGGGGAGACGUAGCGAGGUCACCGAAUAUUCGGAUAUUCCACUCCGUCAUGCAACUUUCCGAACUUAUAUUAACCAAAUAAUUCACUCAUAACUGUUAUUAUUCUUACUAAAAACAUUUACAGUGAUUUAAGAAUAUCUGCGUGUUAAAUGUUUUGAAGUUUUUCUUAUAUAUUGAAAAUUGUAACGAGCUGAUAAACAAUAUUGCCGAUUAUAAAAAAAAAAAAAAAACAAGUCGUAAAUGCCACCGGUAUAGGGAGUGCUCAGGAUGCAAAAGCGGCGCAUAUCCCAUCAUAAACGAGAUGGGUCCCGGACCCUAGUGGUUUUGGUGGGUAGUACACUGGCUGGGUCCUAAUAAAUUGUAGGUCCAAAUGUUAUAAUAUAUCUCAUGUUUACAGAAUUAGGACUCUGAAUCUAUUUUUCCAGUGAUUUUUUUGUAAUAUGUUUAUCCUUUAUACAUUUAUAUUUUCGUAAAGUAAAAUCCCUUUGGUCUUUUUCUUCCUGAUAUUUUCACUUUAAUGUAAGUGUCUAUUCAGGUAAUUUUUAAAACCUUUAUAAACUGAUAGAUAUUAUGAUGUAUAUUUUUUGUUCUAUUUUUCUAAACUUCCAAACUAAUAUCAUUAUUAUUAAUGUUGUGGUACUAGUCGACUAUUACUACCCACGGAAACCCGAGACCCAACUAGUGUAAUUUAAAAAAAAAAAAUUAAAAACAUCAUAUAUAAAAAAAAAAAAAUGCAAAUUUAGCCACAAGAUAGAAAUAGUUCCUAUGCAACAUGUUCUACUAAAGCAAUCGAUUUUCGAAUUAUAGGUUAGACAAUUUGAAGGUGAUGGAUAUCGAGGGAUCGUCUCCGGCACCUUGCAAUUCGGACUCCGACUCGGACGAAAGUACGAAACCUUACAACGCGUACUUUUGUAAAAACGAAUCGUCCACGUGCAUAGAGGCCUGGGAAGGUCCCAAUUAUGGGAUAACGUCGUUCGAUAACAUCGGACUAGCCAUGCUCACCGUUUUCCAAUGCAUCACGAUGGAAGGGUGGACUACCAUUCUGUAUUGGGUGGGUUGAGCGUCGCUUUAAAAAAAAAAAAAAAAAAAAUGUUCAGAAUGAAUUAAUAUAAAAUAAUUUUUCGUUUUGCUAUUUCAGAUGAACGAUGCGUACGGCGUCCUAUUCAAUUGGAUAUAUUUUGUACCACUUAUUAUUCUAGGUUCAUUUUUUAUGCUCAAUUUAGUUCUCGGUGUGCUUAGCGGGUGAGUUUCAUUUUUAUCCCAUGCAUAUUAUAGGUGUUAUUAUAAUUCAUGAUAAUCAUUGUCCGAUGCCGUUAAUAUUUGACGUGGGGAAAGGGGACGGGAGAAUCCGCGACCGAAAGUUAUUAUCUUUAUUAAGAGUUAUCAAAAAAAAAAAAAAUUAAGGUAUAUCUAUUUUUAUACGCUUUACAGAGAGUUCUCAAACGAGAGAACCCGCGUAGAGCGCCAGUCUAAUUAUUACAAGAUGCGUACGAAAAAAAUGUACAUCGAUACGUUUAAUACUUAUAUUAACUGGAUUACGACCGCAGGUAUAACGCAAUUUUACCGCGCGUAAUAUUAUUUUGAAUGUAAAAUAUAAAUACCUUGUGUACGUAUACCUAUAUGUAUAAUUUAUUGUAAACAUAUUGAAUAUCAUAAUCUAUGUAGGUAUUGUGUACACGAUAAAAAUAACAUAUUAUAUACCGGGUGAACCUACGGGAUUUAACUGUUUCCUAUGCCAUUGCACGGGGAAUUUUGAAAUCGUGCGUACACAACGCCUUGUAUAUUAUUUGUUAGUUCCCAAGUAUUUUAAAUUAUAAAAUUGUAUUACUGUAUCACCGUCAUCGUUCCCGUAUAUACAUAAUAAUAUACGCAUAUUUGAAAUAUAUUUUAAAAUAUUAAUAAUACCUGUCCAAACAGUGGUGUAUUUGCAGGGGUAGAUGAAUUUAUUACCUCCCGGUGUUUUUUUUUUUUAAGAUUUUGGUUCUUACAAUCAUAUAGAUUAAAAAAGUAUCUCCUUCUAUUAGAAGUUAUAUGUUUUAACAUCAUUAUAUACAAACUAAUCAAGACGAUUUAAUAUUACGGGUUUAUGGAUAUCUUCUGAAAAAAGUGUACAGAAAUGCGAUUGUUAAGAUACUUAUAUCCACUUUAAUUGAUGUGAUAAUAUAAAAUUGUGCCGUAUAGAACUAUAAGUACCUAUGAAAGCUAUAUUUAGUUACCUUUACUCGGUGGAUAAUAAUUAUGUUUGGAGGACAAAUCGUAAAUAAAAGAAAGCAAAUACGGGCUGGGGUACGACGCCUCGUUUUUUUUUCGGUCUUCAGGCUCAGAUUAAAAUCGUAUAAAUGCGCCACUGUAUCCGAAGCACCUGUAAAUUUGUGAUUGUCGUCGUUGUCAUAUUAUUUUAUUGUUAUUAUUAUAAUUAGAUAUUAGUUUACCUAUACCCAUAAAUGUAAUGUCGAACCUUGUAGAGAAUUCGCUAAAGAAAGAGAAAAAGUCGAAAACCGGCAAACGUUCUUGAAGCUACGGCGACAGCAACAGCUCGAACGCGAGCUCAACGGUUACGUAGACUGGAUAUGCAAAGCCGGUAAGUCGGCUUAUAAUAAUAUUAUUUUUGCUCCCACAGCACUCGUAGACGUAAACAAAAUAUUUAUUAUCAUGAAAACGUGACGCAUUUUAAAGAACAAAAAUGUGUGUGAAUAUAUAUAGGGUGAUCAACUUACCAUGAACCAGCGAUUUUCUCGAAAGAUUUAAAGUUAAUUUGAGUUCUUUUUAAUAACUAUAAAACCGUUUAAGUUUUAUUUUAACAUAAUUUUUAAUUUUUACCCCAUACUCAUUAUAUUUGAAAUGGUUAUACUUUAGAUUUACCAUUCUUUUGAAUACAGUUUAAAAUAGAUUCCAGUGUUCUACAAAUUAUUAUCGACAUAAAAAAAGAUAUCGUAUUUAGCAUUUAUAAAUGACAACAGUUUAAAAUUUAGACCAGAAGAAUAGUGAAGAAUAACCCUGCCCUACUCCUCUGGACUAAACUUAAAAUUGAUAUGACACACUCAUGAAAGGUAAUAAGCGAUAUUAGUGGUAUGCCUAACAACAUUUUUAGACAAAUAUCCUCUAAUUUAAUCUGUUUUCAAAAAAAAUAUUGUUAUUUAAAAAUUCAUUGUGUAUACUUAUUUCAGGUAUAAGAAGUAGGGUUAAAAAUUAAAAAUAUUAUUAAAGCCUUAACAGUUUCAUAAUUAUUUAUAAAAAAAACUUACAUCAAUUUCACUUAAAACCAUUAAAGAAAAUCGCUAAUUCGUGAUAAAUUGAUCACAUUUACAUUUAUAUUUAUUUAUACGUUUUUUUUCUUCGUCUGUAGAGGAAGUGAUCCUUGCCGAAGAACGGACGACGGACGAAGAAAGGAGACAUAUUAUCGAAGGUACCUAUCUAUAAUUGUUAUACUAAUCAUAAACGUUAAAACAACAAUGGCACAAAUAUGUUUGUGUAUUGUGUUUAUGAUAUUUUGCAGCGAGAAGAAGAGCCGAAGUAAAAAAAAAAAAACUGAAAACCUUGGGCAAGAGCAAAAGCACGGAGUCCGAAGAAGAGUGUGAGGAAGAAGAAGCUGAUGAAGGUAAACGAUAUUGUUAUUUUACCCAGGCGCGUAACAUAAAAAAAAACCCCCCAUGGGGGUUUUAAGCUUUUUAAGGUUAAACUACUUACGUUUCGUUAGUAUAAAAAAAUAUACCUAAACAUUUUUCUGUCAUUUCGGGAGAGAAGGGGAGGAUUGAAUCUCCACUUCCCUCUUGUGUACGCAUCUGAUUCUACACGAUCUUAUUUAUAAUAUAUUCCAUGGAUUCCGGGAGUAAUUAAUAAUUACAUUUAUAAGAAUACAGCCCUGUGCUUUUAUUUAAUUUUAAUAAUCAUAAUAUGUCAUCGUUGACUAAUAUGUUCUAUAUUUAACAACCAUAUUUAUAUAAAUGUAUAAAAAUAUUGUUAAAACUUUAUCGAAGUAUAAUGUUAUAUGUUUCAGUGCUUGGUAAAGGCAAAAAAGGUACAGUUUUAUUGUUUUGUUUCGUUUUGUUUUGUUUAGUUUUUUUUUUUUUGUUUUUGUUUUUGUUUUACGUAAGAGGAUAUUAUAAUAUACGUAUACGUAAUAUAAUAUACGAGUAUUUAGCGUGAGUUUUGCCUAGAACGUUUUUUGAAACGGGUGAUGGGGGCGUAGGUAUUGUUUAGAAACACCCUGGAUUUGUAAACUAUGAUGAAAGAGACCUGCAUAUUAUAAUAUAAUAUAUAAUACAUUAUAUAGGUACAUAUUUUGCAUGUUUAAGGUGUGUGUGCGCGUACCUAUAUUAUAAUAUCAUAAGUGUGGGCUGCGGUUAGUAAUUUAGAUAAAUUAUUACAUAUAGGUAAUUAUUAUUGUUACAGUAGUUAUUAGAUAUAAAUCAAAAAAAAAAACUUGUGUACAUAUAUAAUACGAAUUUUGUAGACAAAAAAUAAAAAUACACACCGUUUGAAAAACAAAAUAUGUAUAUAAUAAUAUAUUGUUAUUCAGUGUUGCUGAUAUUUUCACAGUGGCGAUUAUAUAUGAACAAAAUAUUAUAUUAUGAUUGUGUGAUCACGGUUUAAUUAUACUCGCAAUUCGCAUCGUCUAUUAUUAUAAUUAUAUAAAUAUAUUAUCAUAUAUAUUUGAAUAAUCAUAUUUAAACAGAGGACGUCACGGUAUCAUGUUGCCGAUUCUGUCUUUCUAACGUAAAAUAAUAUAAUGAUACCUAAUGGUACACCCAUUAUUCUUGGUUCUAACAAAAAUCGAAACAUAAAUUAUUUUACCUCAUAGAUAAUCCAUGGUACAUAGAGUAUGAGCGUGAAGGAAAAGGAAAAGAUUAAAUGAGGUCGACGAGACAAGAGGAGUAUAAUGACAAUAAACGGUGAUGUAAAAAGCGAGGUUAAGAGUUGUAAAUACCUAUCUAGGAUCUUUUGUACAAACUAACGGUGGUUUUAACGAGGAUGUGAAACAUGGGAUUAAGUGUGGUUAGAUCCAGUGGAGAGAAGCGUUAGGUGUUUUAUGUGACGAGAGAAUUUCAAUGAGACUUGAAGGUAAGUUCUACAAUAGUGUGACGAGACCGACUAUGUUGUAUGGCUCGAAAUGUUUGAUGAAAUAGAGAAAACAGAACAGAGACUGAAUAGGUAUAGCAGAAAUAAGAAUGAUUAUAAUAAGUGGAUAAAUGGAUUGAUGAUAGAAGAUAGGACAAGAAACGAGUACAUUAUAGGUAGCAUAGACAUGGACAAAUAGGCUUCGAUAAAAUCAGAAAUACACUGAAACAACUAAAACACGUGAUGAACAUAGAAAAAUCGGAAUUAGUAAGAAUAGUAAAGAAAAUAGAUGGACAAUCAGCUAUUAGUACAAAACAUUUGGACCAUUGUUACAAUUAUAGUACUUUUUAGUAACGAAAAUAAAAAAAAAAUACUCUAUGCAAAAACCCAAUAAAUAAUAAUAUGUUAUCUUUAAAUUAGUGAACACAUGUUUUGUUUUAAGUAUAUAUUAUAAAGGUGCUAGAGAAUCAUUGAAAUUCCAAAAACAUCUUUUUGUUUUAUUAUGGCCCUGUAUGAAAGAAAUUGGCGGUAAACGUGUUACUGUGACAUCCUGUUAAAAUCGUAUACGCGAUCAUAUUAUAGACACAUUAUUUAGCGAUAAAAAUAUAAAAGAAGUGUGGUUCGUGCGACAAAAACAAUUAAUGCACCGCUUUCUCUCGAACAUAAUAACCUGUCGAUUGGUGUUUUAUAAUAUUUAGGUAUAUAAUAAUAAUAAUAACAUAUGAUGGAGUUUAUCGAUAGACAGAAUAAGUAUAGCCUUGCAUUAUUAUAGCCUUUGCGUACAACUAUAUAGAAUAACGUAUUUACGUGUUUGCAUAUCCACAGGUUUUCCUCGCACGCCAACGUUCAAAGACCGAAUGCGGAAAAAGGGCGUCUGCGCUUCCAUGUGGAGGGCCGAAAAAAGGUUUAGGUUUUGGAUUAGACGCAUGGUAAAAGCGCAAUGGUUCUAUUGGUUCGUCAUUGUGCUAGUGUUUUUAAAUACGGUGUUCGUAGCCAUCGAACAUCACAAUCAACCGAAAUACAUAACGGAUUUUGUCUGUAAGAUAUUGUUACAAUUAUUAUUUAAAUUUCACAAUAUUUAUUGGUUUUCUUUUUCUUUUCUUUUUUGAACAUCUCUCUAUAAAGUAUAAUUAUCAAUCUGCAGAUUGGUUUGCAGCCCUCCUCCGUUAUUCUCCAUAACAUCCGCUUUUAUUUUUAUCUGUAUAUACGAUAUGCAUCCUCGGUCCUUUGUUAUUUCAUUGAAUGUAUAUUCCUUAAUAGGUCUUCCUUCUUUCACGCUCCAUUUAACAAUCAAUUUUAGCAAGCUCUCGUGUUAUACUACAUAUCCACCGGUCCCGUCGUCUAUGUAUAAACUUUUCCAUAAGAUAUAAUAUCACUAUUUGGUAUUAAAAGUUAAAAAUUAAUAUUUUUUUUUCCCCUCGAACAGUUGUGACGGAAUUCGUUUUCCUCGGGCUCUUCAUGGCCGAAAUGUUCAUCAAGAUGUACGCGCUCGGUGUACGGAUAUAUUUCGAUUCCGCGUUUAACCGAUUCGAUUGUGUGGUCAUCAUGGGUUCCAUAUUCGAAGUCAUAUGGUCACAUAUCAAUAAAGGCGGUUCCUUCGGGUUGUCCGUACUGAGAGCCCUGCGGUUAUUGAGGAUAUUCAAAGUGACGAAGUAAAUGCCGUUAUAACAAUUCGCAUCUAAAAACGAUAUUAUAUUAUUAAUAUAUAUGUAUAUUCAUAUAUUUAUCUGUAUUUAUAAAAUUGUACUUUCAUUAUUAUCUAUAUUCUUUAGAUAUUGGUCUUCGUUGCGAAACCUCGUAAUAUCGUUACUCAACUCGAUGAGAUCGAUUAUAUCGUUACUUUUCCUAUUGUUCUUGUUCAUACUGAUAUUCGCUCUGCUCGGUAUGCAGUUGUUUGGCGGUCAGUUCAAUUUCGAAGAUGGAACGCCACCCACCAACUUUAACACAUUUCCAAUAGCUCUACUGACUGUAUUUCAGGUAGGCUGGUAGUGAUUAUCCUUGCAAAUGUAUUCCCAGACAGAAACAUCGAAAAAUAUAAUACUUCUAUAAUGCUAUAUCUAGGUUUAAUUCAAAAUAUAUUAUUUAAAUUUUUUAAUAACUCUAAAUUUAACUUGAAUUUUAUAUUUAAAAUCCAGAUAAUCAGAUAAUUAACUGCUACAAAAAAUUCCGUUUAAAUUUCAGUAAUAUUUUUUGAACUGAAAUAUUUCUGGAACAUUAUACAUUAAGUCAAAAGUGUUUCUAGAAAAUUUCAGUAAACUUAAUUUGCUGUCUGGGUUAAUUUAUAGACUACUCAUAUACUUGGAUAAGAAUAAUCACUCACAUUUUUGAUAUUACACGUAAUAAUGCCGUUAUUCGUACAUACGUAGAUUUUAACCGGCGAAGAUUGGAACGAAGUAAUGUACCAAGGCAUUCGGAGUCAGUCGAAGGCUCAGGGCGGGGGCAUGGUAUACGCGUUGUAUUUUAUUGUCUUAGUGCUGUUUGGUAACUAUACGCUCUUAAAUGUGUUUUUGGCUAUUGCCGUCGAUAAUUUGGCGAACGCGCAAGAAUUGACGGCUGCCGAGGAAGAACAAGAAGAGGAAGACAAAGAGGUAAGCGUCAUCGAAAAAAUUAUGCCCAUAUAGGUAUAUCAUACCUAUAUAAUAUCCCACUGUUUUUGACACCGAUGUUCUGGGUAAAUUGUAAGUAUAUGUAUAUAGAAACAGCAACAAGAGCUUGAAAAAGAAAUGGAAGCGCUGCAAAUGAAUACGGAUGCAUCAAAAAUCGAUAUAAUACCAACGUCACCGUCGCAAAACUCCAGGUAAAAAUUUUUAUAAUCAUGUUCACGUGUGUUUUUGAUAUUAAUUUAUGAAAUAAUUCGAAGUGUUUCGCUUAUCAGACAUCACCGAAAACACCAUAUGGACGAGCCCGAAAGCAAAGCAGAGGAAGAAGAAGAAGACGAAGGCCCAAAACCAAUGUUACCGUAUUCGUCGAUGUUUUUGUUGACGCCUACCAACGGGUAACACAAUUAUAAUUAUUAAAAUUAUAUAUUAGCUAUAUUCUGUAGAACAAUGGUCGUUAAAUUAAUACGAAUCAAAAAUAUUAUAUCCUUACAUAUUUGUUCUAUUUGAAUAUUAUAUUAAUGUUAUGUUUUCAUUCCCCCCCUCUCGGUAAAACAGUAUUAGAAGAGGCGCUCAUUGGAUUGUGAACCUACGGUAUUUCGAUUUUUUUAUUAUGCUUAUUAUAAUAUUAAGCAGCGUGGCAUUAGCGGCCGAAGAUCCAAUUAACGACGUUUCAGAUUGGAAUGAUUACCUAGACGUAGUCGACAACGUUUUCACUGUGAUAUUCGCCAUAGAAAUGAUAUUAAAGGUAAAACCACGAGAUCAACGUCGAAUAAUUUAUAAACGUACAACUAUAACUAAACUAUAUAAUCGUUUUCACGUGUAUUAUAUACCUAUAGGUCAUCGAUCUAGGAGUAAUUUUACAUCCCGGUUCGUAUCUUCGAGAAUUUUGGAAUAUAAUGGACGCGGUGGUCGUUAUUUGUGCGUUCGCGUCAUUUAUAUUUCAAUCGAAAAAGUAAUUCAUUUAUAAAAUAUUUCAAUUGUGAUCAAACAAUUUAUCGUCAUUAUUACAAUAAUAUGGUUUUGACGUUUUAGCAACUCAGCAGUCGGCUCAAAUCUGUCGACAAUUAAGUCACUCCGAGUGCUGAGAGUACUGCGACCGUUAAAGACCAUCAAACGCGUACCUAAGCUCAAAGCGGUUUUCGAUUGUGUAGUAAAUUCGUUAAAAAACGUCAUCAAUAUAUUAAUAGUGUACAUAUUGUUCCAUUUCAUAUUUGCCGUCAUCGCCGUGCAAUUGUUCCACGGGAAGUUUUUCUUCUGUAACGACAGCAGCAAGUCGGAAAACAAAACUUGCCAGUGAGUAAAACACGCAUUGUGUGCCUGUAAUAUUAAUACAUUUUCAAUAUUGUACUGUAACUUGCUCGACCGGUCUGUUUAGGGGUUUUUAUUUCAAAUAUGACGGCGAAGAUACGGAAGACGUGAAUUCGCAAAAGUUCAUACCGGGUGUCGAAAAAAGGGUAUGGGAUCAACAGGAGUUUUACUACGAUAACGUGGCCGUGGCCAUGCUAACGUUGUUCGCGGUACAAACGGGAGAAGGAUGGCCUCAGUGCGUUUAAAUAUUACUUAUAUUUAUUUAAUCGAUAAACGAUUUUAUUUCUCUAUAUUUCACCAUUAUUGUUGUCAUUUAUUUUUUUUUUUUUUCAAACAGAGUGUUACAAAAUUCAAUAGCGGCUACAAACGAAGACAAAGGACCCAUACCGAAUUACCAUAUUGAGAGAUCGCUAUUUUAUAUUAUAUAUUUCAUUGUGUUUCCGUUUUUCUUCGUCAACAUAUUUGUUGCGUUGAUAAUUAUCACGUUUCAAGAACAAGGCGAAGCCGAACUGCAAGACGGUGAAAUAGAUAAAAAUCAGGUAUAUAAUAUUAUAUUAUAUGGUAACUUAAAGACUUUAGAGGAAUAUCAUCUUCUACGUUGUUGUCAGUAAUGAAAACUUAUUAUUAUACAUUUCGCGUGCAAAUAAUAUGUAAAAUACGCAUUAAAUAUGAAACGAAAUUAACGCGUUUCGUUUUAAUAAAUAAUAAUAAUAAUAACUAAAAAUAAUGUGUUUGUGUGCAUAACAAAAUGGUUUACACGUAUUUUUUUUUUUAAAAUACGAAAGAUACAGAGAAAAAAAAACAGCAUAGAUUUAGAUUUUAAUAACUUUGUAUGAUACUAAUAUGCUUGAGGUAAAGAAACAGAAAAAUGUAAUAGGUAUUUAAAUUUGUCUGCGUAUUAACCACCGAAAUAUUCGUUUGGUUUUAAAUAAAUUGUUGACGAAUGUUCAUUCCAGAAAUCUUGUAUCGAUUUCACCAUACAAGCAAGACCGCUAGAGAGGUACAUGCCCAAAGACCGAAACAGCAUAAAAUACAAAAUAUGGCGGCUGGUAGUGUCGACGCCGUUUGAAUAUUUCAUCAUGAUACUGAUCGUUCUGAACACUCUGUUACUCAUGAUGAAGGUGAGUUUAUUGGGUAUAAUAUAAAAUUUUACCUAUGUAUUAAAAUAUAGUGACUCACAGCGAUUUAAAUUAUGUUCUAUACACAAUCAUUAAUAACAUUAUAAUUAUAUAGCAACAAAGUGGUUCAGUAUUGCACUAUCGUAGGUACCUCAGUUGUGUUUAUUAUAACAGUUGGCGCGAUUCGAGCUCGGGACGGUAGAGCGCAUUACCGGUAUAAUAAUAAAUUAUAAUAAAUAAUAAUAAUAAGUAAUAAUAAGUUCCGUCUAAUUUUCAAAAAGAAAUCCACAAUUUACUCCCCCCCCCACCCCUCAAUCGUCAACCUUGAAUUGUGCCGAUCUAUUGUAUAAUACAUUACACGUAUGACCAAUAACAAUACUAUGAUGUUGCUAUACCGAUCGUUACGGUUAUGAAGUGCUUGCAUAGAAACAAAAUAUUUCAUCAACACUAAUGUUUCACCUUUUAAAAACUACGCGAAAAAUACCGGUUUUUCACCAAAUUUUAUUCCCGCCAUUGACAUAACAUCAUAUAUUAUAUUAAAUACUGUAUUUAAUAUUGCAUAGUAAUACAAUAAAAAAAAACAUCAAUUUGUAUACAGGUGAUAAUUAUUUUACGUACUCGGACUCGUUAAAGGUUACCCAUUGCGAUAAAUCCGUAAUAUUUUUGUUCGAUAAAAUUUCCCCGAAAUUAUAUUAUACCUAUGAGGUUACUGUUUUUACUUUUAUUUUAUUUUUUUUUUUAUUAAACUCUUAUAAUAUUUUGAUUGCAUGCAAUUUGCUUAAGCUGACUCACUCCCAUUUUGCUGUGGAUAUCACACACACGAUGAUUUUUUUUCUUCAAGUUGCUUAUAUACUUCUCUCUAUCUCUUGUUCCGCAUAACUUUUGCUUUUAUAACGUCUAUAAUAAAAUUGAUUGUAUUAUAUGAUUAAUCAACUUUGGCAAAAAAAAAAAAAACACCACUGCCUUCAUAUUGUAUGUAAUGUGUUAUAUAUUUCUUUGCAUUAAAUCAUUAAAUCAGCCGAUAGAAAUAAUAUUUUGAAGUACGGAUUUCUUUAUGAAAAAUAAACCCAUGUGUUUAUUCAAAGAAAAAAAUCUAUUUUUACAUUUUGAUGCAUAUUUCGAUAAUAAUAUUUUUACAAACAGCAAAUUUUCGUAUAUUUUACUGAUACUUGUAUAGAAUAUUAUAAGUACGUAUUGUAUUUUACACUUUUAAGAAGAUAUUAAAAUUACCGUAUUUUGGCUAUUUCAAGAAAAUUUAAAUUUGAACUCUAAUAUUACAAUAUUAUAGUUAUAGAUGCGAAGUUAGGAAUAUGUUAGUUUUACAAUGAUACAUUGUUUUUUUUUCUGUGACAAAAAUGUCUACCAUAAAUUUUUCUUCGAUGUAGCACCUUUUAUGAAAGAAAAUUUUAUCUGAGUGGUAUAUUAUAAAUAUUGUUAAUUGUUUGAUUUUUCAAAGAGUUUUCAUAAUAAUUAGGAAAAAACAUAGGCAAAAAGGGAAAAUUAACGAAAUGUAUUAUUUAAUUUUUUUUUUUUUAUUAUUAUUAUUAUUAAAAUUUGUAGAUACUUGAAAUUAAGACAAAAAUCUUAUAUUUACCUUUACUAUUUGUGGUUAAAUUUUCAAAAUAUUUUAGCCAUUUUUAAGAUAGUUAAAGAUAUUUUAGUUUUGCGAGUUUUUUACGUAAGUUUUAUUCUCUACUCUUUUAAUAAUAUUGUUAAACCAAACAGAAAUGCAUGAAAAUGUAACAAAAGAUUCAUUUUAAGUCGCACUUUGUGGUAAAAAUAUGAGUUUUUUUAUAUACGAGUUUUAAUAUUAAAUUAUGAUAAAAAUUGUAAAUAUUACGUCCUUUCAAACUGAACUUUGCUCAGAAUCUUUUUUCGUUAGCAAUGAUUAAUCUUGCAUUCUAAUUUAAUUUAAAUUCAUCUCUAUUACCUUACCAACUUCUAAUUUACAACGUGAUCGCCCAUCGUGCGAACUAUGUCCGUCUUUUUUAUAGUUCAAAUUACUAAACUAUAUUGUUAUAAUUAAUUCAAAAUUAUCAUUAUCACGUAUUCACUGAAAAAAAAUUCAAACCCAUUUUGAUUAAAAUAACGGUUAACUUAUUUUUUUUAUCGUUUUUUUUUUUUCGUAAAAAUAUAUCUAAUAAUUAAUUAAAUUAACGAGUACGAAUUUAUAAACUGAAAGAACGAUGCAAUUUAAUUUUUAUUUUUCUUCUAACUUGUGUAAAAUAGUCGCUGCAUUCAAUCAUUUAUUUGGUAGGUGACAAUAUGAUAAGAUUUUACUGUAAAACCAUGUUCAAUUGUUUUUUUUUUUCUAUUUUGUUUGCUUUCAAAAAUUGUUCUUCUCUCUUUUUUUUAUACUAUUAUAAUGGUUGAUCAAUGUUUUUUUUUUUUUUUUUUUUUAUUAUUCGUUUUAUAGUUUUAUCAACAAAAAAAAUACUACAAGACUGCUCUACAUUACAUGAACAUGGCGUUUACUGGCAUGUUUACCAUUGAGUGCGUGCUCAAAAUUUUGGCGUUCGGAAUCAGGGUAAGAAAUUACGUAACACAUACUCAUGUAGUUAUCAUAAUUAUUGUUAUUCACUUGACAAUUAUAAUAUAUUAUUAAUGUUUAGAAUUAAAAUAUAAUUUCCCAAUAUCAUAAUAAUGAAACAUUUCUUAAUCGUUUUUUAACCGUUGUAUUUCCCCGUACAGCCCACCAUGUUCGUUUUCCGAAUGUUAUUCUAUAAUUUCAAAAUCAUAUAGCAUCUCCUGACUUAUAUCUAAUGUACCAAUCCUUACCUACAAUCAUUCAGAAAUUUCAUCGCGUGCUUUCCAUUGAUUUUUUUUUUCCACUUAAUAAAUUAUACCAAUUUAAUAUUUAUCACUUUACUCGGUCGAAAAAAAAUAUUUUCGAUAAAUGCAGCCACUGCAGUAGUUAUUAUUGCCGAAUCGGAUAUGUCCUAAUCUAUAACAGAAGGUAAGUGAUAACUAUUACGAGCCAACAACGUGAGUUUUAUAGACACAUGCUACAUAUAUUAUUCUUAUUGCUUUAACGUAUCGAUCUUUAAUUUUCUGUUAUUAAACCGAGCAUGCCGAUUAUAUUGAUAGUACAUUAUGUGUGUGUGCGUGAAUUUUAUAAAUAAUUAUACCUAUUAUACUCGAUACCUCAUAACGUCCGCUUGUGUCUUAUUGCGUUUCAUAUCUAUUUUAUAUAAUUUUUGGCAUGUUACAAAUUUGUUCUUAUUAUUUUAUUAUUUACAACUAAUAUUUCAAUUUUAAAGGAAAACAAUUCUGGGCGCGCGUUAGUACCUACCACGGAUUAAGAUUAAGACAGUAUACGGAACCAUGGCUACCAUCGUUAUAAAUUCAGUUUUAACGCAGAAAACGAAUAUUAUUUUUAGUGUCACACUGACACGUCAGUAUCAAAUUAGACAACUAGCGCCCGCAUGGCUCAUUAUUUUUCAGAUAGUCAACCGUAGGAUUAUAUGUUCAAACUAUACCUAAUGAUAUGUACUGUUCAAUAUGUUGAGCUGAGUAAGGAAUGUAUUGGUUUUACUAAUCAUGAGUGCACAUUUUUUUCCACAGAGCUAUUUAUUGGAAUUUUACAUCUCCAAGUUUUUUCGUUUUUGUUUGGUUCUAUGUGAAUUAAAAAUUGGUGAGCAGAAUUGUUUGAAAAUUUUUCAUGAUAUACGUUAUAAGAUAUUUAUCAUUAGUUUUUUUUUUUCAUAAGCAUUUCGAAUUAAUAUUUUGAUGAAAAUCGUACAAAUUAAGGCAUUUCAAAACAUGUCUAACCGGUACUCGCUCAGAAACGUAUUACUUCUGCUACGAUAUUCCGUUAUUUACGGAUUUAAAUUAAACAACGUUGAGCAUCCUAUACUCCCGCCUUCUCAUUUAUAAUAGUGGCACACCUUUUAGCAGUACAAACUCGUGGGUUUGGUGUUUAAAUAUGUAAUUAUGAAUAAAAUAAAUGCAUAUAUUUGGCAUAGCUUUCAAAGGCGGAACUCCAAAUAUAAUAACUUUGCACAAUAUGGUAACAUUUUUUAGUACAAAACAGACUACCGUCACUAUUGAGCGUUAGGAGUCUAAUUUGAUAAUCGUAUAUAAAGGUUGCGUUAAAAACGUUUGUCAUUGAGUGAGAAAUAGCGGCCGUUCCGUAUUCUGUGUACCCUGCUAUCUUAAUUCGUCAUACUUAUAUUUGUGUCCUGUUAUCAAAACUGAUCUAUAAUUAUAUUAUAAUGUCACGCUAUACAUAUUUUCGCCCAACCGAAUACCUAUAAAUAAUUAAUGUCGAAACACAUAUUUUAAUAACAUAACCAAUUACACGGUACCGUUAUAUAAUAAAACUAUAUUAUGUAUACUAAAAAAAAAUGAAUAAAUAAUAGUAUAUAUUAUUGUUAUUAUUUAUUUAGAAUCGUUAGAUUUGGAUUGAUUUAUAUCCGAAUUUCGUCUUUGCGAUUAAUAAUUUAUUUUUAUUUUUCAUAUUUCACGGCAAAAAGACGUUACGUAGGUUUUUUUUUUUUUAAUUGCUUUUACCGAACUAAACCUAAAGCCGACUAUACACUGUGGAUUUUGAAUGACAAUCUAUGACAUUAACAGUCAAAACUGAUAGUAUAUAAUUCAUAAAUAUGACAACGGUUGACGAUUAAAUGUUUUGAUUGAUUUUUUUUUUAUUUGUAUUCAAAUGCACAUUGGCAUUUACGAGCGAUAGAGUAUAUUGUAAUCGAUUGUCAACUCAUCGAUCAAAAAAAGUAUACGUUACUGAUAAACGUAAAUAAUAGGCUUAGCCCUCAUAUCAUACGAAAUGCAUAGUGUACGUAUGACCGGCUUUACAAAGACGAAACCAAUGUACACAAAUAUUAUUAGAUAUUAUUUGGUUUUUUUUUUUUUUUUUUUCAGAAUUUUAUUAUAUUAUUAUUAUUAUAUUAGUGGUAUUAGUCGUUAAAUAAACACAAAAUCAAAACUAUAAUACUAUUGAACAUCGAAGUCAUUAAAUUAGUUGCCUGUGUAAUAUAUUUACAUAUCAUAUUAUAUAUAUAUACAUUUUUAUUUUUAUUAUUAAAACGUUGCUUUUAUAUUUUGGUUUUUUAACAAAAAUAUAUAUUCCCGUGGGUGCAGCACCAUCGCGAAUCGUAUCUACUUAACAGUACUCUUCUGAAUCUCAAUCAUUUAUUGACGCUGCUAUUCCUGGUAGAAUGUGUCUUAAAACUCAUCGCGUUCGGAUGCAAGGUAACAUAGUUAUACAAUAUUAUAUUCACUUAAUAAUAAUAAUUUUAUUAUGUGUACAAUAUACAUUUAAAAUAUUUCUCAACAGUUUUUGUAUUUUUUUGACUUGUGAAUAUCCUUCUAAACAUUAAUGUUGUGUACUUAUUAUAUUCAGUGCAUACACAGCCGAUGGAAAGCAUGCAUGUUCAACAAACACCUACAUAAUAUAUACAAAUAAUUAUAAUUAAAAUUUUUGAUUAUUUUUAAACGUGUUUCUAAUCAUAUUUUACGUUUUCUGAUAUUUUUUAUGUCACGAAAAUGGUUUUGCAGAAUUUUUUUAAAGACCCGUGGAAUAUCUUCGACUUUAUCACGGUGAUCGGAAGUAUCGUGGACGCUUUGGUCAUCGAAUUCGGGGUAAGAUAGUAUACCGUACAUAAUUAAACCGUAUACAAAGUAUAUGAAGUUGUUUUACAAUAAUAUACAUAUUCGUAUAUUAUUUUGGCAACCUCGUUAUAUUUCUCCCAUAGAUAUAAUAUAUAUAUAUAUAUAUAUAUGUAUACAUUCAUGAUAAUUAUUAAGCUAUGUGUUUGCGAGUGUGUUCGUCUAUAAUAUACCCCUAGUUGUCUCUCCUAUAAUGUUAUAAUAAUUAUUAUACUUGCCUAUGUUAUAUUAUACACCUUUUGAACCAGAAAUUUAUACACUUGGCUUUAUCGACCUCUGCGAGUAUAAUAUUAUAAUAUCCGUCAACGAGAACUUUUUAUCUAUCUCUCUCUCUUUCUCUCUGUUUCAUUCUCUAUGUCUUCGUUACACACCCACCCACACUUAGCCACACAUACACAAACUUUGAUGCUAUAUUAUACCUACGAGCACACCAGUUCAACAGAAUAAAAAAAAAAUACUAUAUUUGUAGUCAUCGUGUUCAAAAUUUUUAAAAAAAAAAACUUCUCCGAUAUUUUCUUUUACCUAUGCCUAUUUUAUAUUGUUAUUUAAUCGCUUUUUUUUUUCUUUUACAUACUAACCUGACCUUGUAAUACUGUAUACUGUUAUCACCUAUUAUAAGACCAUCAAUUUAAUAUUUGAUUAUGUAAACAUACCUAAUAUAUACCUAUUAUAAUAAAUAUUCGUAUCGUGAAAUUUUAAGUUCGCAAAAUACCAUUAUUUAGUUAGAAAAAAAAAAAAAAAAAACUCAACGUUUAUAAACAAUGACGACGGAAUAACGCGGAGAAACAAUCAGACAGAAUGCCGUAUAAUUUUAAUCUGAACGCAAAAAACCGUGAAUAUAACAUAGUAUUGUGUAUCUCAUAGGUGCAAUUAGGUACAAUACUGUAUAUGAGCCGCGAAUAGGGGUCGACAUGGUUCUCGUAUUUUCGGUCCGAAAUCCGCGGUAUAAUAAGAUACCCGACAUUACACGUACACCGAGGACAGAAAUUUGUAACACAUAUUUACUAUAUAUCUUGUAUAGGAAAGUCUCGUAGGCCUGUUCCGAAUGAUUUCCGGUACCGGCCUAGGAUUAAUACAGCCCGUACCAAAAACAAAAUCGAUGUUCGGAGACGUUGUGGAGGUAAAUUUUUACAUUAUAAAACAAUCAGAAGUACGCCAAUUUGUUGCAUCCGACGUAGUAGACCGCACUUGUAUAUUAUUAUAAUUACUGUUGAAGAAUGUGUCUUUUGUAAUCAGUUUUUUUUUUUGUUUUUUUUUUUUUUUUGGUCUUUUGGACAUGGAUUUUUAUUUUUAUUUUUUAUUUUUUCAACCGUAUAUAAUACGUACAUAUAUAAUAAUAUAUACCACCGUUGCCAUAUUAUUAUAUUAAGUUGUGUAUAAAUAAAUAUUAUUACAAUAUUAUUAUUUACAUAAUUUUCCAUACAUAUUAUAAUAUAUAGAUGAUAUGUAUGCAUAUAUUUGUACGUAUUUAUAUAUUAUAAUAAAAUAUAAUAAUACGUGCAACGUAAUAUGUUAUAAUAAUUUUUAUAAUAUUAUAAUAUUAAAUCGCUCGCUACGUACCACAUGCAGGCAAGCGAAUACACGAUACAAAUAUUUAUAUAUAUAAUUGUCGAAAUUUUUAUUAAACCAUAUCACCAUAACAUAAUUAAAAUUAUUAAUUUAUUAAUAUAAUUAUAUAUAAUACAUAGGUAGUUAAACAUGUGUAUAAUAAUACAGUGUAAAGAUAUCCAACAUGUCCAUAGCUGUUGAGAAAUAACAACCGAAAACGAUAUUGUAAUAUUUGUUUUAAUUUUUUUUAUAAGUGUAUACUUUAUUUUGUUUUUUUUUUUUUUUAAAUUACUACAACAUUAUAUCGUUGAACUCUACUAUCGUUCGAUUUAAAUUAAUUUUUAAUUUUAUUCCGGAUCACAUCGUUUUUAUGUUAUUAUUAUGAUUUUUGUAUCAUAUAUUAUACAUCGAAUAUUGUUAGUUUUAAUACACCGUAUAAAAUAAUAUAACCUUUCGAAUUAAUAAUAAUUAUAAAAGUUUCAUUCUACACACAAUCCAAAAAACGAAUACGAUCUCGAAAUUUAAAUAAUCCACAAAGGAUUACUCGGAUUUUUGACGUGUUAAACUCGACAUUUUAUAAAACUUAUAAUAAAAUACGUAGGUACACUUAACCUAAAACUCUAAAACCCAUUUAAACCUACCAACCUAAUAUAAUAUAACUACGUAGCAGUCGUAAUAAAAUAAUAUUGUUUGUUAGAUACACAUUAUACAUACGUAUUUUUUUAUUGAAAGACAUAUUAUUAUUAUUACAGGUAUACGAUAAAAGUAGUGAGUAGGAAUUGGGUAUCUAUGUAUCAUGAUACUGUUAUUAGUAUUGUUUAUUACUUGUUAUUUCCGAUACAUUAUAAUAUAUUUUGUAUUGUACAUUGCAGUAGUAGGAAUACGUAGAUACGACUUAAGUACAAAAAUAAUAAUUGAUUUAUUAUCGUCAUUGUAGAAAAUAUUAUUAUAAACAAAUUGUAUUAGAAACAUAUCGUGGUAUUACACAUUACAUUAUUAAGAAUAUUUAUUAACAUAGCAUAUUAGUCUAAACGGUUAAAAUAAAUAAUAAAUAUUAGUGAGUAUAUUAUACUAAACGACAAUAAUAAUAAUAGUAUUAUAUAGUUAGGUCCGUCGUUACAUUGUUAUUGAUUAAUUAGGCGUAUUUUUUUUUUAUUUUUUUUUUGGUAGAUUAAAAUAUUUAUAUAUAUAAUUUUUUAUUAUAAUCAUAAUUAUUUUAUUAUUUUUGUUACACGAUUACAAUAAUAUAGCGUUGGAAUAUUAAUAAAAUAUUUCAAAAUAGGUAGUGUUGUAUUGUGUUUGUUUCCAUUUUAAAAUUAUAAUAAUUAAAUAAUGUAUUACGUUCGUCAAAUCCGUUAUACUAUUAUUUUAUUAUAUUGAUAACAUUACGAUGUUUGACUAUGAUAUUAUUAUGCAAAGGUGGCCGAAAGUCAUCGGUUGGCCGAUUUACACACAAUUCGAACUAAAAAAAACAAUAGGAACAAAGUUCCAAGUGGGUUUUUACUACGUCUAUCGUGAAAUUAAGUAUCGUAGUUAAAUAUCAAGUAAUUAGGAGGAAUGAACUUGGGUAUAGACUCUCAAUGAGCCGAUUUCUUUUCAUAUUAUAAACGCAUACGAAAAAUGACUUUUGGCUUUUGGCCGUCCUUGUAUUAUAAAUACGCGAAUAUAGAGAUAUAGAUAAUAUGAAAACGUAUUAAUUUCAAUUUUAUUCCAAUUGUUAAUUUUUCUAUACCAUAUAAUAACAUACCGUAUUGUCAAUACUGCGAUAUCGAAUUUUCGGUAACUUUUAUACGAGUCAAAAGUUUGAUAUUCUAUCGGCUAAUAUACAAGUCUGCAUAAACUAUUGUUCUCGGUUUUUUUUUUUUGAAAACAAAUUUAUAGAUACUAACAUAUAUAUUUCCCAUGGCCAAUAAGCCGACGACGGGCGUUUGCGUUUAAAUUCAUAAACGCAGACGCAUACCUACCUACGGUGUAUGUUAGAUUUAGUAUCGUUAAAUUUUUGAUGGUAUGAUAAUUUUAUAACAUAUGUUAUUAUAUUAUAUUAGAUUUUAUACAUUAUAUACAAACUAUAUAUUAUAUUAUUUGUAUUUCGUUUGUUAUGCGCAUUUUAAUAUUAAUAACAAAAAAAAAAAAAAAUUAAUAAUUACGAAUGCGGCACCAAAAAUGCAUAUUUUAGUCUGAAGUAUAUAAUAUUCUGCCAUUAAUGCAUUAUUAAGUAUAGCGUAAAUGUUAGGUAUUAUAUUAUUUUAAUACUAUUUAAUACUUAAUUUUUAACUUAUAGAAUAUAGAUAUAAUACAAUAAUGAUCGAAGCAUUAAAAACCGAGAAAUUCGUUAAAACAUUAUAAUAAUAGGUAUAAUAGUAGGUAUUGCAUCGGUAAUUAUUAUUGUUAUUUUUAUUAUUAUUUUUUUUUAUCGAUAUGAUAUUUUUGUCAUAUACUCGUCGGAGCAGGAUUGGACUACCUCAUUGAAUCGGCUGCAUCUGAGUUGAAUACUAGGGACCUAGUGGUUUUGAUAGGUAGUGCACUAAUUGGGUCCCAAUGAAUUUCGGAUACUAUACUGGUUGGGUCCCGACUUUUGUUAUAAAAAAUAUACUAGUUGGGUUCGAACAUUAAAAAACAAUACAAAACAUUUUCCUUCUUAGUUUAAUAAACUCAGGACUUAAUAUUUAUUUUACUAUUGAUUUUUUCUGUUAUUUAAUCCUUUAUAAUUUCUUUAUUUAAUAAAAACAUUUUUGUAAAAUACAAUUUUUUUACGAACUUCUCAUUUUAAAAUAAGUAUUUAUUCGAAUACUUUUUAAAAUUUCUAUCCAAUGUCUACCAUUUGAUGGGUAUAUUCUUAUGUAUUAUUUUUCUUAACUCAUAAACUAUUACAUUAAUUCAUAUUAAUAUUAUGGUACUAAAUAAACUGUCCGCCUAAACCCGGAACCCGACUAAUAAACUACUAGCAUACACCCGGGACCCAACUAUACACUAUCCGCAUAUAUCCAGCACCCAUCUAGUGUAGAUUUUUAAACGUGGAACACAACUCGGAUGUGCCGAUCGAUACAGCCCGGGAAAUAUGUAUUAUGCCACCUCCGUAUCAGCUCAUUGCUUUUUAUUGUCAAUACUUUUCCUCGAGAUUGUCUGUAUUGACGACCCAUUAUAACGUUCUAUAGAUUGACUAUGCUUUACUGUGGCUUCAAUUAGCUUACUAAAGGCCUCUAAAUAACCGACUUAAGUUUCUAUCAGCCUUUUAAACACUAUUGUACAUUACUAUCAAAUUAUAUUUCGUAUUAGACUCAAUUAGUCAAUUGCUCCGAUUAUUCACUUGUCCUACUAAAUUUUAUCUCGUACAUUGUGAGAUUUUCCGGUGUCCCGCUGGCCUAGUCCAACCCUGCUGAUCAGAGUCAGAAUAAUAUAUUUUAAUUUUUUAAUUUUGAAUAAUAUAAAACUCGAAACAAACUGAUUCUAACUAAAAAAUAAUAAAUUCAUAAAUCAUUUUAACUAUUAUGAUCUUUUAUAUCUUAGAGAAAUAUAAAACAUCAAAUAUCGAAUGGCAUUGUGCUCAGACAGCUUCAUUUUUCAAACCUAUUCAGAAAACUAAAAAGCAUAAAAAAAGAACUUAUGAGUGUAUUACUUACAACUCGAUAUUCAUCUGAAUGCAAUAAUAAAUAAUUGUAAAUAAAAAAAUUUUCUGAGCAAACAUGGUUUGAAAUUUAAUACUUUUUUACGAGUUUUGUACCAAAAUUUUAAAUAAAAAAUGUAUGUCGACUUUAUUUUUAAUCAAUAUAUACAACCUAAGAUGAUCUUUGUGUUCAAUUUGUCAAGCAUUUCUGCCCAACCAAAUAAUUGAACCCGCAUAAAACCAAAUAAAAACUAAAAAACCAUCAUAAACGUCAAAUACCUAUAAAUCAAUUAUUUAUAAUAUAAUAAAAAUAUUAUUACAUUGAGAAAAGUCUAAUACUUAUAUUCGGAGGAAAUGUCAGCUAUCUACGAAUAUUUUUUAAUCGAAUUAAACAAAAAUAUGAAACCAUAAUAUUGUCGUAUUUUCUACGUUUUUUCUGAUUUUUUUUUCUAAUUAUUAAGAACACUACAAGGGUAAAAAAUAACAAAUUCUUCAAUCUAUCUAAAAUAUAAAAUUUACAUUCAGAAAAGAAAUUUUAUUUUAAAAUCAUUAUUAUAUGUCUAGUAGAAAAUAGUUCAAUAGAUUCAAUAGACAUAUAAAUAUAAAUAUAUAUAUAUUUCUUUUUUAAAUUACGCAUCAUAAACUGCAAUUCUCACUGCACUCAAAAUUCAAAAAAACAUAUUUAAAAAUAUCGCUUUCUUAAUAAAAUUGAUUUAAAAACGAAUUCAGUUACACAAUUUGCCUGCAGGAUAAAAAAAAAUUCAAAUUUACUUAGUUUAGUUUUUAUCGGUUUUUCAAUAUGAGGUUAACAUCUUAUCAUUUUUGGACACACAUAUCUGUUUAAUUUAAAAAGCGUUAUACUACCGUACCGUAUGUGAAUUUGUCUCGUACUUGUCGCACGGAAAAAUACGAGGAUGAUAUAAUUUUCUCCAAUGUCGAAAAUAAUCAUAUAUGCAUUUCGCCAAAAAAGUGGAGCUGUCUGCUAGCAAUUGCACAAAAUUCACAGGUUUUAUUAUCAAAUACGUUAUCAGGAAAACAAUAAAAUGUUAUAAAAUUCUCGUAGUAAUAAUAUUUGAUUCGCGUUAAAAUAGAGAAAAUCGAGAAAAAUACAUUUUUAGAAAAAGAUAUUAAAGUAAUUUAUUAAAUCCUUGUAUACAAUUAUGUAUAUAAUAUGUUUUAGAAUAAAAUCUCUACAUUGGCAAAGACCCGAGUAUCCGAAAUGUGGACGGUGGUUUUUUUUUUUCUUUGAUCAUUUCAAUACUAUUAUUAUUUUCUUUUUUUUUUAAACCACGUAUAAUAUAUUUCUAUUUCGCGAUAAUAAUUUAUAUAUAUAUAUAUAUAUACUAUAUAUAUAUAUAAGAUAUAAUCCUAAACUAUAAAAGGUAUCCUGUUUGUAUAUUUAGUUGGGAAAUAUACUUUUAGUUAUAUUUAGUUAUAUUAUAAUUGUUUUUUUUUUUUUUUUUUUUUUUUUUUUUUUUUGUUGACAUCACCAUUUUCGAUAGUAUUUUCACUGGUAUAUUGAGUAUUUACAAAAUAAAUUCGGACCGAGAGGUAUUUAUACAGCAAUCCGUCGGGUUUGGAGCUUUUCACUAGUUUUUUUACUGUAUAUACUAUUUUUUACUCACGACGUGGAGAGUAAAAGUCGAAAAAGACAAAAAAACAGGGUUCAAUUUUUUUUAAAGCUCCGAAAACGAUUGUGAUUACGACUGCGAUAACCUUGGUGUCCUUUUGUAUAUGUAUAUAUUUUAUAAAUUAUACGAGUAUUUUUGUAUGAAUAUUGAAAUCGUGUAACGGACAUUAUCUAUCGGUCGGAGAUACGAUUUUCAUUUCCGCGAGCUUGCGCAAUACAUUCAUAUAUAUAUUAUAUGUAUGUAUAUAUUUAUAGAUUUUUUUUUAUAUUUUUUAAACGUAUACGUUUAUAAUUUAUACAUAUAUUAUGUGUGUGUGUUAAAAACUUAUACGCUCUGUUGCUGAUGCUAACGUAUGAAGGACGAUUUGUUUGUUUUUUGUUUUGAAAUUUAAAUAUAUUUAUUAUUUUAGAGAACCUGUUAUUUUUCAAUUGUUUAAACAACAUUUAGACUGCUGAUACAUUUAUGUAUAUAUAUAUAUAAACAGUUAUUUCAAUUCAUUUCCCUAUUUGUUUAACUGUUAUUUUAUAUAAUAUAUAUUUUAAAUUUGAUUUUCUAAUUUUGAUUACAUAUACAAUUACCGACCUAUAUAUAAAAUUAAACUUGUCAAAACUAUUGUAUAUCAGUAAACAGAUUUAGAUCAGAUUUUUUUUCUCACAGAAUAUUGAAUACCGAAAAUGUACCUACUUUAAUUGAAUUAAUUUUUAUUUUCGUUUUCUUUAUUAUUCAGCUAUUUUCUUCCCGUUUAUAAUGGUAUAAGUGUAUAACCAGCAGCUUAUCCUGCAGAAGGGAUGGGAGGGUUAGUGUUUUAAAAGCAGAACAUUUUGAACAAAUAUUUCAGAACUAUUCAGAAAAUUACAUUCAUACGCAAGUAACAUAUGUAGUAACUACAUAUGUUUACGAAAAUUUAAAUUCCACAAAUGUUUAAACAAACGAGGAAAAUGGCUACAAAUCGUACCCAAUAGUAGGAUUUUGUUAACAGUCGACAAUAUUAUUGUUUUCAACAAAUAAAUCCCUAGUUUAUUUAAAAAUAAAUCAUCCUAAAUAUUAUAUUUAUAAAAACUUUAAUAAAUGAUACUGCCCUCGCCGCUGCCGCCGCCGCCGCCGCUGCAGCUAAAUAAUAUUAUGUAUCGCCGCCGCCGCCGCCGCCGCUAAGUCUCUUUUUUUUUUGCUUGGCACAUGGUUUUCAUAUUAUAUUGAUAAAUUUUGUAUUUUUAUUAAACUGACGCUCUGUGAAAUCAUAGUUAAUAAUAUUAUGCGUAUAAUAUUCAUCAAAAAUUCCUACUCGCGUAUAUCAACUUAUUAUCACUUAUUCGUUUAUUAUAGUAAAAAUCGAUAAGCGACAAUACAACAAGCGAAAAUUAUAGUUUUUCGUAAUAUUUUCAUAUUUUCGAUAAUUCGUUUUACUCAUGGCCACCGCCUGAGAAAUCCAAUAUUUGAUUUUUUUUUUUUCCUUCGCCUUCAUCCUAACUAUUUGGAGUCUACCAGCCUCGUCCUGAACUUCUACUUAGCCUGAUCUCCCAUGUAAUCCUCGCAUAUACCGGCCGUCUUCGUAUCAUUCUCAAUGACAUUCAACUACCUCUUUUUGAGUCUUUCUCUACCCUUCUUUUCACCUACGUUUAUUUUGUUCACCAUUCUUACGAAUCCUAAUUCCUCUCUCUUUAUGACAUUACCAAACCAAGUUGGUCUAUUUUAUUUUAUUUACUCUUAUAUCGAAGUCACGUCUAAGAUAUUUCCUUUCUUUCCUAUCCUUUCUCGUCACUCCACUUAUCCAACUAUGCGUUUUCAAUUCAACUCAACAUUAAAUUGUUGAACUUACCUCUAAGUCUCUUUGGAAUUCUCUUUCCACUUAAAACACUAUUGAUGUUUCUCUGUACUUGAUCCAACCACACUUUAUCCUAUGUUUCACUUCCUAUUUAAAAUCUCUUGUAUAAAAUAUCCUGGAUACUUAACACUCUCAACCUCUAUUAUUUUACCGCUUAUUUUCAUUACUCGUCGUAUCCUGUUAAUGUAUUUUCUUCAUUAUUUUAACUCAUAAUAUAUCUACUUUAUUUCAUUGAUCCUUAUCCUUCCCAUUUUUCAAGUGCUCUAUUCUCUCCGUUCCUUAAAUCUAUUUCUACUUUAUUUCAGAUCGAAUUCAUUUUUAUAAUUUUAACGUUUAAAUUCAACUGUAACUUUACUGGAGUUAUCGUUUGCGCAUAUUAUAAUUCAAAGGUUUAUUUGAAUUAUAAUAUAUCAUGCCUUUUGUGCUUCUUUUGGUGGAAGAAUGGAGUUGUGAAUCUCAAAUAUAUUUCAGGACGGAUAAUAUACUAUUAAAAAGAAAACAUUCAUAGCAUAUAUACAAGGUCUAAUUAAAAUUUGUAAACUGUGUACGUUGCAUAUCUAUUGAUCUUUAAACGUUGGGAAAAUUUAUUAGAAAUAUACGAGAUUAAACUUGACACAGUCAGCUGCUAUAAGUGAUUAAGCGAAGUGUAAUUUUUAAUCAUGUAGAUUUCAUUUAAAGCAAACAUUUAUAAUAACACAAGUGCAUAUGCAAUUUCGCUAUAAGUCGUGAGAGAUGGUCUUCAACGAGCCAUAAUGAGAAAAUAAUCCUAAAAAUUUGAAAAUCUAUAGGAGAUAACUAUCACGAUUUUUCAUGAGAUUCAGUAACGAGUUCAAAAUCUUAUUUGGAUCAGUUCAAAUUAUUUUGACUGUUGUUUCAGGCACGAAAAGAGUAUCAGCCAAAUUUUUUCCAAAAAUUCUUCAAAAGUAUCAAAAGGAUAGUCAAUUACAGAUCGUUACUGAUUUGCUAGAAUGUGCUAAAUUUGAUCUUUAUUUCCGUAAACUACUAAAUAACGUUUGGUAGGUUUGAAUGGGAGUUUUCUUAAGUGCAUAAGGAAAUUCAAUACAAACGCGUCGUUCUAGUUUUUGAUAACAAUGAAAUUUGACAAGACGUAAGCACACUCAUCGCUUAAUCACUUCUAGCGGUUGACUAAGUCAGAAACUGAGUACGUAUUUGAAAUUAUAAGAAAAUGUCUGCUGUAAUUGGAAUACAAAUAAUACAACUAUAUUUACGUAUAACGUAGAAUUCAUAAGAAAAUUUCAAAUUGCAGGUGUGGAGUCUAUAACACUAAUAUACUCAUCUCUCUGGUUGCACAACUAAUGUUGUUUACCUCUUUUACCUAUCCUCCUGUUGUCACUGAACUUUUGAAACCCUCAUUUGAAAACAAUUAAACAUAACAUUAGUUAAAAGUUCUACUAUGUAAAUAGUACUAGUAUAUAGAUAUAUUAUUUUUAUAAAAAAUAACAAACAAAUGAGCGUAAUUUAAAAAAGAAGGCGUUCAGGCAAUACUUAUGGCAAUGCGCAAACGACAGACUCCGAAAAUAAGUUUGGGAUUUUCGCGUUUCGAAGAUUUAUACCAAUAAUAAAUACCUAGGUAUUUAUAGUCAUAUGCUUUUUGCGUGUUCAAGCAUUUUACAUGUUAUUAUACCGAAAUUAUCAUAGUAUUUGAUAUAAAUUAUUAUUACCGUGGUAUACAUAUAAUAGCAUAUUAAUAUAAUAAAUGGAUCGUCAUCGAUAUCUAUAUACAAACAUAUACAUACAUAAUAUGUAUGGUAUAUAUUAUAUACCAAGUAUAUCGUUGUUUACACAGAUAGACUUUGGGAAUGAAUUCAUAUCAUAUGAGUGUUUUUAAAAAACUAUUUUAGGUUAAGACUAGAGGGUCCUCAAUUGCAGUCAUAUUUGUUGCAUCAGAUUUAUCAACCUGAAAAACCCUUUUUAUUUGAAAAAUCAUUCCAAUAAAUAAUAGAUUUUUUGGUUUUUAUAUUUCAAUAAAUCUUAGUUGUAUAUAUCUUUCCAGUGAACCGACAUACGUCUAUUUCUUUAAGUAGAACAUUAAAGCACAUAUUUGCAAAUAAAACGAUGCAAAUGUUGGGCUAAAUAAAAAGAAAUCGUCAUGAUAUAUUUUUUUCAAUGCUUGUUCAUACCACUUAUGUCAUUAAAAUGUUAAUAGUUAGUAACAAUUUUAUUUAUUUCAGUAAUUAUAAUUAAAAUAUUCACAAUUUUUUUAUAAAUUUUUUUUUAAAUUUAUAAUUUUAGGAUUUUCUUAUGAUAAUUUAAAUUUAAAUUUUGUAUCCUUAAUAUAAUUUCUUCAUCAACAACACGAACUAUAAGAAAGACAAAAUGUCUUUAAAAUGGAUGUUGUUAGUAUAGUCUCAAAGAUGGGAACACCACUGGUUUUAAGAUUUUCUUUCACUGCAGCAUAUGAUUAUUCUUAUAAUGAAUUCAUUUCCAAUGUUAAAAACCCUGAACGCUUUUGUAGAUAAUUAAUAUGUUUGUAUGUAUGUUUGGAUCAGGCGCGUAUAUAUCAGACACAUUUAUCGGAGGGGGUAAAAUUGAAAAAAAAUAUAUGUCUAGUUUAUCUACUAAACACGUAAGUAUUAAUACUUAUACCCUGAUAUUUGGGAAGGGGUGAGAGGUUGUGCCCCCAAAACUCCCUCUCGUAUACGCGUCUGGUUCCGGUGAUAAAACAUUAUGUCGUUCAACACACUUUUUUUUUCAAAAGUGUCGAGUUCAAAAUACAGGUCUUAUAGUGGUUAUAAUCGUUUGGCAUAACGAUCAUCAUAAGUAUUCACGCUCGAGCAUCCGUCUCACCAAUAUACCUAAAUAGGUAUACAUACUUAAUAUUGAUGAGGACCGCGAGCGCGCGAAUUCGUUCGUUCAUAGACGUGUUAUGAUUUUUGUUUUGUUUUCGGGAUGUUUUUUUCAUGCAUCGUUAUUUUUUUCCGCAUCGUAAACGAUAAUUCGCCUUGUUUACAGGAAAACUUCAUAAACGUUGGAUUUCUCCGUCUGUUCCGGGCCGCAAGACUGAUAAAACUGCUCCGACAAGGGUACACGAUACGAAUAUUGCUUUGGACGUUUGUCCAAUCGUUUAAAGUAAGUAUAUUGUCAUUUUUUUUUUUAAUAAACAUUUUAAUAAUGUAUUUUAAUUUUUCGACUUGUCCCGCAGGCAUUGCCCUACGUCUGUCUACUGAUCGGUAUGCUGUUUUUCAUUUACGCUAUCAUCGGGAUGCAGAUUUUUGGAAAUAUACUCCUGAACCCGGUGACGGACAUUAACAGGCACAACAAUUUCCAAACGUUUGUCCAGAGUCUGAUGCUGUUAUUUCGGUAAAAAAUGCUAAAUAAUAUAAAAACUCGGUUCCGGCUGAAUCAGUUUUCUUAGAAAUACAUUUUAUUACUCAUAUCAUUUCGUUUCAAAGUACCAUUUUGGUAUUGUGUCAUCGGUUGUAAUAUCGGUCAUAAUUUACAAUAUCUAUGUCUAUAAAAAUGUUGUAGAUGCGCUACGGGCGAAGCGUGGCCGUCGAUUAUGUUAUCGUGUAACAAAGGUAAACCGUGUGAAACAGGAGCGAAGAAGCUUGGAAACGAUUGUGGUUCCAACAUGGCCUACAUGUAUUUCGUGUCAUUCAUUUUCUUCUGUUCGUUUUUAGUGAGUACUUUUUUUCGCGUCUUUUUUGUUUCAUUUAAAUAAUUCGAUUUUUUCCCCUUGUUCAAAUUGUACUGUUCCUAAAUUAGCGAAUUAAAAAAAUAAAUUCAGGUUAAAACUAUCCUAAGUUCGAAUUAUUUAUAAUUUAUAUUAAUAACCCUUGAAAUACAAUUCUAUCCACAAAAUAUACUUUUUACUUAAAGUUUUUAUUUUAAAAAAAUGUGUGAUGAAGUUUCUUCUGCAAUGAACUGUCAAGUGUCAAAGUGUCUGUAAAUGUACGAUUUAUAACGACAAUUUCUGUUAUUGUAUUAUUUAGAUGUUAAACUUGUUCGUGGCUGUUAUCAUGGAUAAUUUUGAUUAUCUGACUCGAGAUUCGUCGAUUUUGGGUGCACAUCAUUUGGACGAAUUCGUACGGAUCUGGGCGGAAUACGAUCCAAACGCCACGUAAGUGUAUAAAAUAUUCAACUUUUAAUUUCUGCACCAAUAAAUAAUAGACCAAUAUGAUUUAAAAAUAUAUAAUUUAAUUAUUAAACUCUAUAAUGAUGCAUAACUUUUGCGGAUGUUUAUAGUUUUGAUAGAAGAAACAGGAACGCCGGGUCGGUAAAGGAAGGUUAAGUAAACAAUAAUGGAGUAUAAUAUUAUAGAGUACGAUUUUAAGCAAAUUUAUGAUGGAUCGAGAUAAUUGAUAUGAUGAGGGAGAGUAUCAGACUGAGGUGGUUCUGAUAUUUGAUAAGAAGAAAUAUAAAAAAAACUAUGAAAGUAAUUUUUACAAAUUAAUACAAAUAAAAGAAGACGUGAGAUGAGAUGGAGAAAAAAUAUAACACAGUUAAGAGUGAUAUGAGGAUUUAUGGGGUAUGUGUAGAUGAUGCUAGAGACAAAUUUAACUGGAGAGUUAUGACCAAGGUAGCUGAUUCCAAAUAAAUCAGAUUAAAGUCUAGUGAGAAGAAUCAUGAACGAUUCUCUGACUUAAGAAAAAUACGAAUUAUUGCACUCUAUACAAUUAUGUAUUUUAGGGGAAAGAUACAUUACACGGAAAUGUACGACAUGUUGAAAAACAUCGAUCCGCCUUUGGGUUUUGGCAACAAGUGUCCGAACCGUUUAGCGUACAAAAAACUUAUCCGAAUGAACAUGCCCGUCGAUCAGGAUGGUAAGGUGCAGUUUACUACCACGUUAUUUGCUCUAAUCCGGGAAAAUCUGAGUAUCAAGAUGCGAUGCGGUAAGUUCAUGAGAAUAAUUUAUAUACAUAUAGUUAAUACAAACCGCGUUUCGGUAAUAAUAUAUUUUCGACGAUGUUUUUCUCCCCGAUCGUAUAUAGCUGAAGAAAUGGACCAAGCGGACGAAGAGUUACGGGAAACGGUCAGACACAUAUGGCCGCUACAAGCUAGAAAAAUUCUGGAAUUACUUAUUCCAAAAAGCGAUUGUGGGUGUUUUUUUCAUAGACCAUGUUGUCUUUGCGUGAAUUCAUAAUUUUUUUUUUUUUUCUAACCGUACAGGUUUGAACGCCGGAAAAUUAACGGUGGGCAAGAUAUACGCGGGACUGUUGAUUUUGGAGAGUUGGAAAUCCACGAAAUUCGGUCAGGUCGAAUCGUCGAAUCCACAGGUAAUAUAUAUUAUAUUCAUAAAAUAAUGUUUAACGGCUAAAUAUAAUUAUAAUAUACCUAUUAUAAAUAAUAUGUUUAAAGAAAAAAAAAACACGUAUUAACGUGUAAAAUUAAUCAUUAUUAUAUAUAGAAAAAGGGUAAAAAUAUAAAAUUAAAAAAAAAAAGUUAAAAAUAGUAAGGCGAAACACAUAGUAUAAUAUUAUUUUAUGCCCAUGGGAAAAUUUUAAUAAAAAUUAUUUAAUAAUAUAUAUAUAUAAAAAAAAAAAAAACGUACGUACGUACAGUUAAGUCAGUUGUUUAUUUAUUGAGUGCUAUUACCCCUAAUUUUUAUUUUAUUUUUUUCAAAUUGUCAUAUUAUUAUUUGUGUUGUGAACUUUAUCGAUGCGUGUUUAUUUUCCUUGGACCGAUUACAAUGUUUUCCAUUGGUGUGUUUUUGGUGAAACAAUAUUAUUGGUUGGUGUACAGCGCAUGCACGAUUUAAUUUCAGACUGUUUUUGUUCGGUUUUGUUGAUUUUUGUUUUUUUUUUUUAAUUUUUUUUUUUUAUGAUUUAUUAAUAAUUGGUACAAAAAUCAAUGUUGUGAAAGCGAAUUUUUCUUUUUGAUUUUGUUUUCACAUUGUAUUAAAAAUCGUUUAUAAGGUACGAAUAUUUUAACGUAACGCAAACUAAACGGCCGUCACAAAUUAAUUUUCGUACUUUGUUUACGUAACCAUGAGGAUACCAAAACAAUUUUGUUUUAUAAAAAGCUACAACAUUGAGCUUUGUGGACACGAAAAAAAACACGUUUUGCUUUUACACGUUCACACUUGUUUGACGGUAUUUUUAUUUUUAUUUUUUGACAUUUUGUUUUGUUUUUGGUUUUGAUUUUGGUUUUGUGUUGUAAAAUCCCCGAUUUUUCUACGAAAAAAAAACCAUGCCGUAUACAUUAAAAUAUAUAAACGUAAAAAUAUUAUAAGGUGUCGACAUUUUUAAACACAAGUAAAAGUGUUUUUGGUUUUAUCGUUUUAAUUUUUGUUUUUUAUUUUUUGUUUUGUUUUUAAUUUUUUAUUAUUAUUUAUAGCUUUAAAAAUAAUAUUAUAUAAUAUAUUUGAUAUAUAAUACAGUUUUUUUAGUAGAUAGGUGAUUAUAGUCAGUGAAGUAGGUAUAUUAUUAUAUAAUGACAUUGUUUAGUGUAGUAUGUGCACAAAAUAAUAAUUUGUCGAUGUGUGGAGAAUAUUAUUGAAUAAGGUUGGGUGGAAUUUGUUUUUAUUUUAGGCAUAAUAAAAAUCGUGGAACACCGUUGAUGUUUUUAUAGGCUUAGAAUAUUAUUAUUCGUAGAACACAUAAUAUUUUUUAGAGCAUGGAAAAAAAUGGGUGAACGAAAUUACCUAGUAAAAAAUGGAAAUUGAGAACAGUCGACAUAGAGNUAGUUUCAUAUUUUUUUUUUUAUUUUUUUUUUUUUUUUUUUUUUUUUUUUUUUGUUAUUGUUUUAUUAUUAUUAUUAUUUUUUUUUUUUUGUAUUUACAUAUUAUUUUAUUUACUCGUUAUAUGUUGGCUAUAAAUUCCUUUUUGUUCACACAUUAUAAAAUUUACUAUGUCGUUUAUUCCUAUAAUUUUAUUCACAUACCUGAUAGCAAUAAUAACACCUAUUGAUAGUAUGCACUAAGAGAGAAACGUUAGUAUAAAUUACAAAAGAAGAAAAAUAACCAAUAACCUCAUCAGUUUUUUCUACUUUACGUAUAAUUUGAUUUCUAUUUUGAUAAUCACCCCUGUUUUUUUUAAUAUACGUACCUAAUAUUGGACGUUAUUAAUUCAGAGCCUAUUCAGAGUGAACAUCAUUAAAAACGGAUCGUAACAACAGUAUUACACUUCUAGAACACUUUUCACAGCGUUUUGAAUAUUCUAAUAUAAUAAUAAUAAUAAUUAUUAUUAUUAUUAUCCAUUUAUCGAAUAUAAUUUUAUCAAUUUUGUCAAUUUAUACGUUUUUAUCAUAAUCAUUCAUCGUAUACCUAAUAUAUGCUAUGCAGUGCCGUGCUAACUAUCGUUAAUACCCUAAAAGGCAAACACCGUGUUGAGUGCCCGAGCUUGAUAUCCAUCUAAAAUUUGACGACCCAACAUUUUGUGACACCCUUGACGCCUUAUGGCAGUUGACUCCUUCCCUCUUAGCAUGGUCCUGUAUGUAUGUAUAGAUACAUAUAUUUAUACAUAAUCCAUACGAUCACUACAUAUUUUAUAAAAUAGUAAAGAUCUAUUUGUUAAUUUAUUAUUAUUUAUUUAAUUUUCAUUAUUAUUAUUAUUAAUUUAUUUUUAUUUUGUUUUGUUUCAUUGUUAUUAUUAUUAUUUGUUUUUUUAAAUCCUUGUCCUCUAAUAUAUUUACAUAAACCCUACCCAUAUUACUAAAUAUUUUAUUAUUAUCAACCCGCCCCCCCAUCCACCAUGAAAUAAAUAAUACAUAUUAUAUUAUUAUAAUUUCCCAUAAUAUAUAUUUAAACAAAAACACACACACACACACAUACACACACACACGUACACACUUAUCCGUAUAUUGUUAUAUAUUAUAAUAUUAUAUAGACACUAAAAUACCUAUUAUAAUAAUUGUCAUAUAAUUAUAUAUAGGCAACGUGCAAGUAAACAAAAAUAUUAUUAUUAUAUGAUAUGUUAACAUGAUAAUAUAUUUUGUUCGUCUAUUAGACCACAGUUCAGCUGGCUAUUAUACAUUAGAUAAUAAUAUUCUAUAUAUUUUAUACAUAUAGCGCUAAACAUUAUUUGUUUAUUAUAAUACAUUUUGUAUUUUUCUAAUUUUUCAUUAUUUAUUUAUUUAAUUAUUUAUUUAUUUAUUUAUUUAUUUAUUUAUUUAUUUAUUUAUUAUUCAGUACUUUUACAAACAUAAUAUUAAAAUAGAUUCAUUUCUUAUUCAUGUAUAAAAGCACGGGUCUUUUUUGAUAUAAACGGAACAUCACGAACCCUGUAAUACACGUCUAUAUAAUAAUUAUAUUAUUAGCAUAGCGUGUAUAAUUCAUCGUCAUAUUUCAUUAUAACUUCGCAUAUUAUAUAUGUUUUUAUUAUACACUUUUACGAUAAAUAUUAUUAUAGUCUGAUCGUUUUUUUUUCGUUUUGCCUACCCGCAUUCUUAGACGUAGUAAUUCCACCAGUAUUUUUUUUUCUUAGUUGCACGAAUAAUAUAGUAAUUGUUAUUAUAAAUAUGUAAUAUUAUGUAUUCUGCACACGUGUGUAUGCGAUAGUUACAAUGUUUUAUUAUAUUAUAGAUUAUAGAUUAUAUUAUUACAAAAUAUAGAUAGAUUGCGAUGGUUUGUUAUUUUUUUUUAUGUGUUUAUUUUUUUCAUUUAUUUUUUUUAUUUUUAUAUAUAUAAAUAAUAUAACGAUAUAUAAUAAUAAAAAAAAAAAAAUAAUAAUAUAAUUAUAUAUUAUAUACGAUAUAAAGAAAGCGAAAAAAAAAAGAAAACAAUAAAUCGUGAAAUUUCAAAAAUAAAAAGUAAAAUAAAUUACCUACCUAUACAUUCAUUUAUUUUUUUUAAGCUUAUACAACACCCGCUUGAUGAUAAAGCUUCGUGUAUAUAUAUUAUACAAUAUCUUCGUAUAUAAAAAAAGUUAUACAUACAAAGCUUACUUUAUUUAUUUAUUUUUUAUUUUAGGGAGAUAUGGUGGUGGUUAGGCUAUACAAAAUUAUAUAUAGUUGCACAUUGUUGCACUCCUAAACAAUACAUUGCUAUACUAUGUAAUUUUUCGCUAAUUUUAUUUUUUUUAUUGUUUUUUUUUCCAUUUCUAGUUUACCACUUUUAUACCACAUAUAUAUAUGUAUAUAUAUAUAUAUAUGUAUAUACAUAUAUAUAUAUAUAUAUAUUACAUUAUACUGCCUACCUACCUAUCUAUUUACACUAUUAUACUAUCUUUUUUCUAUAAAACGUUAUUGUGUAAAAAUUUCAAACAGCACUCGUCAUUCUUUACGUGCCUGAUGGAGGCCGCCGGUGCGACCAAUUGGAACGCGGAACGUGGACAGGACGAAGACGAAAACAGCUGUUUACUUGACAGGACAAACUCCAGGAGCAGGUAAUUUAGACAUUACACAUCACUCAAUACGAAGGCGGUGUACUUAUCGAAAAAAAUAAUCAACAUUCCACCAUCUUAUGAUAUUUUAUACUAUCCACUAUUAUCUGAUUAGCCCGAUUCAUUUUUAAAUCUAUAUAUUAUGGUUAUAUGUAUUAAUUUGUUUUUUCUACUUGAUUCUCUAUAUGAUAUAAUAAUGUCAAAUCUCACGAAUACGUAGCCUAAAAACAAAUAAUAGUAUAUUUAUAUUAUAAACGUUAUAUGCCAUAUUAUAUUACAAAAAAAAAAUCAAAACGGAUGAAUCUAUUAAUUAGUACGUUUAUAUGAUGCGGCGUUAAAACGGUUUAGCUGAGUAUCUAUUACACCCGUUUGUAUAUUAAAUCAGUUUAGUGAUCAUUUUGUAAACUGAUUUAAGAAUGGUACUUGUACAAUUUUAUUAUCAAAUUAUUAAAAUGAAACAGAUUCUACUAUAAGAUUAAAUAUUAUUAUUUAAUCUUAAAGUAAGUAUAUUAAAAUAUAAAAUAAAAAAUCUAGACGAAACUUAUUCAAAAAAACUCAUAUAAAUAAUAUUUUACCAUUAUUAUUAUUUCGUAUGGCAUGGGUAAUUGAAAACAUGGUUGAACAACAAAUUCUAAAAUAAUUUUAUUUAAAUCUAAAUUAAAUAAACUGAUUGCAUCAUAAUCUUAGUCUAAAGUUGAAUGUCUAGGCUGUUUAACAAUUCUAUGGGGUCAGCUGAAACUUCAUUUAUACCAUUUGUGCCCUUUGGAAACCUUCUGUUAUAGCUCUCGUAACUAAGCACAGAACUAUCUGAAUGUAAUCGUUGCAAUCAGAUCUCGGAUCCCUUUUAUUGUCCACUUGUGAAGUAAAUAUCCUUAUCUACCAUGUCCCGUCCUUAUACUAUUUAGUUUUGUCCAUCUUUGUCUAUAAUUGACCAUGCAACGUACAAAGCCUGAUAAAGUUGUACAUUUUUGUUGGACUUCAAAAACCCGUAUAUAAAUCACUGAAUUGAAGAAACUUACCGAGCUUAGAGCUUACCGUUGGGAACGGUCUAGUAAUAAUAUUUUAGAUCCUGAGAGUAGUGAAGAGUUUAUUUGUUUUAUUAUAUGAUGUAUGCUCUUUUUUCUUUCUAUAAAUAACAUUUUAAACAGAAUUAAUUUUGAUUUAAUUAUCAAACUCAAGAAAGUUUUUGAUAGUGAGUUUUGUCUAUUUGGUGCAUUGAGAUAGUAAUUUUUUUGAUUUUCAGUUGUAAUUCAAAGUUUAUAAGUCAACGUAGCGUUCUAACGUUUUUAAAUCACUAAGCAGCUCACCAAAUUGUACAUGGUAGCCUGUUUGUAUGUUCAUUUGAAUUAACCGCCAAAGGAGAGCUCAAAGUCGAUUUUUGGUUAGAUAGAGCAAGCUUUCUAAAUGAAUAGUUAUUUACAAAGAGAAAAAAACAAGUACAUAUCAAUGUAAAAAAAAAUGACACGAUCUAACAUGAAUGAACACGCACUUUCAUUUUACAAGUAUAUACGUUGUCACAAUAAAUAAACCUAUUUUAAACUGAAAAUAAACAUUGCUAGGAGGUGAAAUAUUUUUAGAGUAAUAUUAUGGCAAUAUUAUUGGUUUCAUUUGGUAUAGCUUAUAUUAUCUUUGAUCAGUAUUUUGUCACGAUUAUCGCGGUUGACGUUUUUGUAAGUGGACCAUAUUUCUGUUUACGAUAAUGGGCUGCUUGGGCAUUUCAAUAGGUUUUUAAUUUUUUGUUUCAUACUAAAUUUCUAUCUUCUGAAAUUUAUGUAGAUUUUUUAAUUUAUCUGUUAUUCUAUCUACUCCCAUUCUGAGUCUAGUCAGAAAUAUCCAGUUACCAAUUUUGAUCAUCGCGCUUGUUAAGGAGAUCUUUCUAUGAAUUUUGUACUUUUGAGGAAAAUGGCACAGCUCCUGCCACCGCAUUGUCCCUUCAACCUUACAUAUGGCUACUUUACUAAUUUCUCGAACCCGAGAUGUUAUACCGUUGAAGUUCAACAGAAAUAUUGUUAAAAUUAUUUAGGUACCGCGUAACUCAGUGGUCGAGCAAUCAUACGGAAAACGAAAGACUAGGAUUCGAUUUCCGGUCCAGCCUGGUUUUUAGCACUAUUUUUCUGAUUGCGUUAAAGAUCUUCUUAGACUUGAGUCAGAAUUUCAGUUAGAUCAAUUAGAUCAGUCUAUGUAACGAAUUUCUUGUUUUUUUUCGGCUUUUUAUCGCUAUCAGCUCGCUAUGACUUGUCAGCAAAGGUUAUAGCCACGAGCCGGUAUAUUUUAAGAAAUGUGCUAUUGUUGAAACAGCCGUGAUAUCAUUUGACAUGAUUCCCCCAUUGCUAUAUAUACCCGUUUUAUAUAUAUAGACCCAAGUAUUCAGAAAACAAAGUUAUCUAGUUUUUCCACUCAAUAUUCAGAUUCGGGCCUAUUCAUUUAUUUCAAACCGCUUUAACGCCAUCAUAUAAACGUAGGAACCUCCUAUAAAUGCAACGUUUUGAAUGGAAUGUGUUAUAUUUUCGUACAUCGUUUGUUCGUAUAUGAAAAAAUAUACCUAUAUGGUGUCGUUCCGAAACACAAAUAUGAUAUUAUACCGAUGACGGAUGGUCUUAUUUGUUUCAGGUCUAAAAAUAAGGUGAUGACCGUAAUGACAAAGUAA